GUAAAGACUACUUGGCAAUGCAAUAAAUAAGGCACCAAGCAAACAAACACAGUCUUAACACUUUACCAUAAACAACACGAAUCAAUACUAGUCUGAAAACGACCGCCAAACCCCCCUCUCCGCUCUCACUUCUCAUCGCCGGACUUUCCUUUUUUCUCCGACAACAACCCCUCCUCGUAUUUAUACAUAUAAUCACCUAUCGUUGUAUUGAUGCACAUACAUUAAAUUGUGUGUGUUUGUAUAUAGAGAGCCAAACAAGUAGGAGACUAAGACAGGAAGACAAGACAAGAAAGCUGAUUAAUACCCCUUUUUCUUAUUAUUAAAUACUUUAAAUUUGUGAAUCUGGGUUAUAUGAGGAUUCAAAUAUUUGUUUUUUUGAAUCAAUGAGGAUUUCAAGAUUGUUUUUGUUCCGGUUUUCUCUUUGGCUCUUGCUGUUCUUCACUCCUAAAGGACACUGGGCAGUGAAAGCAUUUACAGGAACUUAUGGGAUAAAUUAUGGAAGGAUUGCGGAUAACAUUCCCACACCUGAUAAAGUUGUUACACUACUUAGAGCAUCUAAGAUAAAGAAUGUACGAAUAUAUGACGCUGAUCACAGUGUCCUUAAUGCCUUUAGUGGGACUGGACUAGAAUUGGUGGUAGGCCUUCCUAAUGGAUUUGUGAAAGAGAUGAGUACUAAUGCAGAUCAUGCCUUGACUUGGGUUAAAGAAAAUGUGCAGGCAUUCCCCAAGACCAACAUUGUGGGUAUUGCAAUAGGAAAUGAAAUUUUGGGUGGGAGUGAUGUGGAUCUUUGGGCAGCUCUGUUGGGUGCUGCAAAAAAUAUAUACAAUGCUACAAAAGAGCUUCAACUAAAAGGUGUUCAAAUUACAACUGCUCACUCACAGGCUGUUUUUGCCGAUUCCUACCCACCUUCUUCAUGUAUUUUCAAGGAGGGUGUUGAUCAAUACAUGAAGCCCCUCUUGGAGUUCUUUUCACAGAUUGGUUCUCCAUUCUGUUUAAAUGCUUACCCUUUUUUGGCUUACAUGGGUAGUCCAGAUACAAUUGAUAUAAAUUAUGCUCUUUUCCAGUCAACUGAUGGAAUAGAUGAUAAGAAAAGCAAACUUCAUUAUGACAACAUGCUUGAUGCCCAGGUCGAUGCUGCUUAUUAUGCCCUUGAGGAUGCUGGAUUCAAAAAAAUGGAGGUUAUAAUUACAGAGACGGGUUGGGCUUCUCGUGGAGAUGACAAUGAAGCUGCAGCUACUGUAGAUAAUGCAAGGACUUACAAUUUUAAUCUACGUAAAAGGCUUGCCAAGAAGAAAGGGACCCCACUGAGGCCGAAAAUGGUACUAAAGGUGUAUGUUUUUGCAGUGUUUAAUGAAAAUUCGAAGCCUGGUCCAACAUCAGAGAGAAAUUUUGGACUCUUUAAAGCUGAUGGAAGCAUCUCUUAUGAUAUUGGCUAUUCUGGACUUAAGUCUUCAUCUGCCCCUUCAACUGUUUUGUCUUUAAAGGAAGUGUCAACUGAAGGUCGAUCUUGGAUAUAUACAUUUGCAGCUUGUGCAUCAGCAUUGCUCCUGUUUCUAAGAUAACGACAGAUAUUACAUUUUCCGGACCCCGAUUUUGUUAAUACCAGAAUAGAAUCCAGAGAUUUCCAUAGCUCAGCUUGGCGCCACCAUAUAUGUUAUGUCUAUAUGAACACCUCUAUAUUCCAUAUAUAUAUUUAUGAUCGGGUACCAGUGUAUGCCACAUUUUAAGUUACUUCAAAGAGUUAAAUCUUGGUCAGAACAACUGUACUUCAAAGUGCUGCUUUUAUAGUGAGGCACCAAGUUUAUGCAUCAAUAAAGUUUUGAUCAAUUUGUAUC